AUGGGUUGCAAACAUUGUGUCGUCCCAAAAAAGGAUGGGAGGAUUAGAGUCUGUGUUGAUUUUAGAGAUCUGAACAAAACAGGGGAAAAGACCACCUUCAUCACUGAGUGGGGUACUUAUUGUUACUGCGUCAUGGCUUUUGGGUUGAAAAAUGCAGGGCCAACAUAUCAGAGGGCUGCUACGACCCUGUUGCACGACAUGAUUCACAAGGAGGUCGAAGUAUACGUAGAUGACAUGAUUGUUAAGGCAAAGAAGCGGGAAGAUCAUCUCUCUGAGCUGAGGAGGUUCUUUGAAAGGAUUCGAAAGUACAAAAUGCGUCUGAAUCCACUAAAAUGCACGUUUGGUGUCAUGGUUGGGAAAAUGUUGGGGUUUAUGAUCAGAGCCCAUGGGAUUGAGGUAGACCCUUCCAAGAUCAAAGCUAUUCUCGAGAUGGAACCUCCACAAUCUGAAAAGGAGGUACGCGGUCUCUUGGGAAAAAUCCAGUUCAUUAGCCGGUUCAUCGCUAAGUUGACUUCAACAUGUGAGCCAACGUUUUGCCUGCUUAAGAAGGAUCUAAAAUUUGAAUGGAAUGAUAGGUGCCAGAAAGCCUUUGAGGCUAUUCAAAAGUAUCUCCAAAAUCCCCCAAUCCUGAUGCCGCCUAUUCCAGGAAAACCUUUGAUCUUUUACCUCUCUGUCACGCCCUCAGCAAUGGGGUGCAUGAUGGCACAAGAAGGAGAAGAUGGGGUUAAAAGGGCAAUCUAUUACCUAAGCAAGAAUAUGGUGGGUUGUGAAGAACGAUACACGCCACUGGAGAAGACAUGUUGGGCACUCAUGUGGGCCACAAAGAAAUUGAGACGCUACAUGCUUGCUUAUUCGCCAGCACUUACCGGUAAGUUAGCACGUUGGUUACUCUUAUUGGCCGAAUUUGAAAUCAAAUAUGUCACUCAAAAAUCGGUAAAAGGGAGAGCGAUCGCUGAGUUCUUGGCGUAUCGUCCGAUCGAAGGUCCUGAGCACACAGAAUUUCAAUUCCCUGACGAGGAUGUAAUGGAAACAAAAGAUGAAACAUGGACCUUGUAUUUUGAUGGGGCAUCUAACCAGAAAGUAUUUGGCAUUGGUGUUCUAUUGGUAUCGCCAGAAGGAUCACACAUCCCUCUUGCGUUCAAGUUGAAUUUUGAAGUAACUAACAAUGAAGCAGAGUAUGAGGCAUGUAUUGUAGGAAUGAGAGUAGCAUUGGAAAUUGGGGUCAAAAUCUUAGAAGUUGUAGGUGACUCAAACUUGGUGGUGUCCCAAGCAAAUGGCGAAUGGAGGGUAAGGGACAAAAAGAUGAAGCAAUAUCACCAAGAGCUCGACAAUCUUAUUCUCAGGUUUGAAAGAGUUACAUUUACACAUGUGCCGAGGAUGCAGAACCAUUUCGCAGAUGCACUGGCAACCUUGGCAUCUAUGCUUGAAUUACCAAUCAGGGAGAAAUUGAGACCAGUCAUGAUCGAACAAAGGGGUAAACAUGUGUACGAAUACGUCAUGAACAUUGAAGACCUGGAAGAUGGGUUACCAUGGUAUCAUGAUAUUUGGAAUUUUGUCGAAAAGGGGGAGUUUCCCGCAGAGGCAACUAAAAAGGAUCAGAUUGCGUUGCAAUGCUUGGCAUCUCAAUACAUCAUUUGUGGAGGACAAUUGUACCAGCGAUCUCCAUGUGGAGUUCACAAGUUGUGUAUUCAUGGAAACGAUGCAAGGAAAGUGAUGGAAGAAAUUCAUGAAGGAGUUUGUGGACCCCACAUGAAUGGUACGAUGCUUGCUAAAAGGGUCUUGAGAUAA